GUUCUCUUGCACUGGGAAAUAUAGCAGAGGCUGAUGUUCUCUUACACAGUAAGGUCAUUCACCCCUCCCCGCUCAGGUACUAUAAUAGAUACAUUACUUGUGAUCCCUCUGUGUAAUUCUUGUACUAUUACACCCAAUAUUUUAAAUGAGCUUGAACUAAAUGAUUGAAAUUAUUUUUAAUUUUAGAGCAAUAUGAGUGCUGUAGUAACUAUCCCUGGACAGACAGUCACAGAACUUAUACAAUACUGGGCUUCAACAUCUGACAAUGAUGCACCAGCGUUUGUCAGUGUUUUCAGUAACGGCAAGAAACAAGUAAUUAACCGCAGAGAUGUUUAUUUACUCUCUAAACGGUUUGCUCAUAAGCUAAGAAGUCAAGGUAUAGGGAAAGGCAGCAUAGUGUGUAAUGCUUUGCCAAACUCAAUUGAACGUGUUGUGACUGACUUUGGUAUAACACUAUCGGGGGCUGUUUCCAUGAAUGGUCAAAUAUUCCGCUCCGAUGGGGAGGAUUUCAAGGAAUCCAUAAGGACAGCCAAAUGUUCCUCUGUUAUUGUCGAUCCAGGCGUACCCAAAGGUGCAAGGCAGUUGCUUUUCAAAGAAGUGCCUUUAGGUUUUGAAGAUAAUGUUAAGUCUCCAGAGCUUCCAGACCUUAAACAGCUCAUCAUAUGUGAAAGAAAUGAGAAAAACCAUGAAAAAGACUUUUUAACAUCUUUAUUAAGGGAAGCUGACAUGCCUGAAUAUGUAGCAGAAGUCUCUCCAGCAGACUUGCUCAUUGUCCUCACAACCUCAGGAAGUACCGGCUACUCCAAGCUGGUCAAAUUCACUCAUGCAAAUAUUUGCUGCUUUACCAAACAGGUAAAAGCUAUAGAACAUUUACAACCUGGUGAGCACUUCAUCAACUGCGGCCCGUUGGGAUGGGCAGGGAGCUACCCACAGUGGUAUCUUUCAUGUGGAAGCACCCGCUAUUUCCUAGACAUGCAUGAUGGACCUAUUCCAGAUCUUCCAGCAAAGAUGUGGGAGAUAAUAGUUGAAGAAAAAAUUGUUUAUGGUUUCAUUUCUCCAAUCUACGCCAACACCAUUCUGACCAACAAGGCAUUAUGGGAAAAUUCUAAUUGGAGACCCAGGUGUUUGUGCCUAGCUGGUCAGCCUAUUAAAAAAGGUGUUGUUGAAAUUGUGGGGAGGCUGUGUGAUGCAGUGGACAUCAACUAUGGAAUAACAGAAUGCAAUGUGGUGGCCACUCAUAGGAUCACAGAUCCAAGCACGUAUGAGGAUAACUGUGCUGGUUAUCCUGGCUAUAAUGUUCAAAUAAAAAUUGUGGAUAAAGAUAUGCAGGUAAUUAAUUAUUUUACUAUUUUUUUAAAUAUGUGGGAGCUCUAAAACUCAACAAUGGGUUAAUAAAAAUAAGCGUUACAAUUAUUAUUAGCUUAAUAAAAUUAUCAGUUAGAGUUCAGCAGAAAAUAUUUGUAUAAUACUGCAAUUGUUGAAUUACUGAAGUAUUAGACAGCCUCAAGCCUUCCAAACCCCAUUGCAUGAUUCCCUCACAAAGUGGCACUUGUAAUCAUUGAAAUAUCCUCAUCAGCACCAGGCACAGAAACAUUGCAAAUCCCCUCUACAUGCAUAGGAGCCAAAGUGAUCAAUAAAUUGAUCGUGGGCCCUUAAUAUAUAGAAGCAGAAGAAGAAAAAACCCUUUGACAGUGCGAUCUUCAUCAUUUAAUCUAAAACAUAGAUUAUACCUUUUAAAUUUUUCUUCUAGUUUUAUCCUAUUUAAGACUAAAUUUUUGUGAUUCUUAAAUAAAGUGUUUGGGUGCCCUAAUUUAGAAACAAGAAGCAUUUAAAAACAAUAUUUUCUUCCAUUAUUCCCUAGGAAGUUGAUCCUGGCAAGACAGGUCAAGUUCUGAUUAAGAGCCCAACACUAUGUGCAGGUUAUCUCAACAAUGAACUGGCCAACAAUUCAUUUUUUAGAGACGAUGGUUGGUUUAGUACAGAUGAUGCAGGCUACUUUGGAAAAGACGGGAAGCUCUAUGUUGAAGGACGGCAGUCGGACAGUAUUCUAAGGGGCACCUAUAUUUUGUAUCCUGCCUGGCUGGAGAGAAAAAUGAAGGAGGUUCCAGAUGUGGUUGACAUUGUGAUGGUGGCUGUGCCUGAUCCUUUGCUGCACAAUGAGAUCUGUGCAUGUGUUGUAGUUAAUGGAGUUGAAGGAGUGUUUGCUGCUUCAUCAGAAAACAAUAUCCAUGAUGGCUCAUCGGUUCAUGGUAAAAGUUUAGGAACUAUAAACUGUUGUGGUGGUCCUACCCACAGCAGUUCCUCGAGGAAAGAGUCGGAAGUGUCUCAGAAUGAAAUGUCGACAUCACAGGACACAAGCACUUGUGAUAGCCUGAAUGGGUUCACAAAUGGCAAAGCCAAAUCACUUUCACCAAACUUGGUUUUACUAGAAAAACAACUGAGAGACUUUGCUUCCCGCAUUGAGUUAUUACAUGAAAAGGAUCCCAUGCGUCUGGUACCAAAGUAUUACAUGUUCAUGGACAAGUACCCAAUGACAAAUACAGGGAAAAUUAGUAGGAAACAUUUGCGUGAGCUAGCAGCAGAUGUGCUGGGCUUCAAAUGAAAUUGCUUUCAAGUACAUUCUUAAUCAGCCAUAAGCUUUCAAACAUUUCAUAAUUUAUUCUCUAAACCCACACCUAUCCGAUUGACAUGACUUUUGAUUUAUUCAUGAUAAUCAAUUCGAAUGAGUGUCUCCAACAAAGUAUUUCUAUUUCUAUAUUAUAGUCUAUUUUAUUUGAUAAAUCUUGUUAAUUUAUUUGUACAUUUUAGAUUUAGUCUUAAGUAUUUUUUAAUGUGAUCUUAACUAAGUUGUCAGUGCAUUCUGAGGUUCAUUGGUUUAUUUAUCUUGAAAGCUCUCCUAACCAGGUUUUACAAUACAAAUAUGGAGUUUUCAAGCAUUUUCAUUGGUUGGAAACUGAUUUUCUAUAUUUUUUGUGUCAAGGUUUAAUAAGAGAAUGUAAAUAUUGUAUAGGCUAUAGGCUGUUUUUUGUCAAAUUAACUAUGCAAAAUAAUUAACCUUUAUUUAAUUCAAGGAAUGCUUGAAAUAAAAGGUUAAAAAGACAUACAAGAUCAAACAACCAUUCCAUCAAAAUGAUUUUUGCAGUUUAUAAAUAAUUUAAAUGAAAUCAAUGCAAUUUUUAUUAAAAUUUAAAUAAGAAAAUAAACCAUAAUAUUUUAAAUACGUUAUCAUAAAAUCCUAUGAAAUAUCAUUAGUUGAUGAAUAAAGGUUAGUUAAAGAUAAGUUAAUGUCUUGUGAUAACAAAGAAAAAUAGUCAUUAAUUUGUUCAUUUGAUUUUGUCUGGUUGUGUUGGUUAAAUUGCAAUAAAAUGUCCAAAUUAGAACUUCUUUAUCAAAGAAAAUCAUUUUUUGUGUGAUGAUCCUGUCAUUUCGUAUGUGAUUAUUUAUCCAUUAAAAAAAUGGUCUAUUUCAUGUUUCUGUAUGGAACAAACCUUGAUUGUUAUUAAAUAAAUAUUUGCUUUCUAGUGUCAAUGUUAAUUACUUUUAGAUCUUCUUAAUGAAGAUUUGUUUAACUUCUUAUAUACGGUAAUUAAUAUGUUUCUUUCGUUUGUACAAUAAAAUAAAGUAACUCACUAACAGUAAGUUUAGGUUUAUUUAAAAAAUUGCAAAAUUUUAAAUUUGCAGUCGUGAUUUUAGAGCUUGACAAAUUUCCAAUUAUUCAGCAUUUAAUAUUAAAAAUGUUUUGAAGAUCUUCUUCAGUCAAUUAAAUCUGAAAUUGAAGACAACUACAGAAACACCAUCAAUAUUAGGGCUUACAUUUGUUUGUUGUAAAAUACAAUGUUUGAAACUUCAUAUAGAUAAACUCAUGUUUUAAUUAAGUCUAUUCCACAGAUAGUUGAUCAACAGACUGUGAUUAAAAAAAAGUAUGUUUUACUAAAUACAAUGCAAAGGUGCCUCAUUUUUUAUGUUGCUGUACUUACUUUACACACUGACGUUAGGAAAAAAUUGUAUUUGACAAAAGAAUGUUUAUUGUCAUAUUAUUGUCAUAAGUGGAACAAGAUAUGCUACUCAGAUGAGAUAAAUAAUGAAUUAUAUUUUGUGUAUUCAUGAUUAAAUUUACACUAUUUAAA